AUGCAGGGGACACAUGCUCCUUCUUCUGGUGCGUCAGUGUGCGAUCCUUGCCCUACUGGAUAUCUCUGCUACGGAGGGACUGCCACAAGCACCCCACAGCUUCCACAUGUAGACCAUGGCGAACCUUGCCCGCCUGGGUACUACUGUCCGGCUGGGAGCUCUGCUCCACAGCCUUGCCCUGCUGGGACGUAUAAUGACCAAAAGGCAGGUGCUAAUUUACUGGAAGCCUGCAAGCCAUGUGACCCUGACACAUAUUCAGAUACCCCUGGACAAACAGGGUGUUUCGCCUGUGGUUCAACAUCGACAGCUAGUGCAGGACAAACAACUUGCACAUGUUUGGGGGAGCACCGAUGGUUCCAACCCAGCCAAGGUUCUUGCAUUUGCGAAGGCGGAUACGAAAGCUACGACGUCGCAGGAACUUCCUUCUCUAAUCUUGACUCUUCUCUAGACUGCCAGCCGAUAGUAAGACAAAACUGCGCGGGGUCUCAAAUUGCGCAGCUCGCUACUUCACAAACUGAAUUACGUGACAAAGACGGGCUUUGCGUGGACCCAUUGGACUGCGAAUCAGUCUGCCCAGACGGCAAAGGACUGCAAGACGAACUGAAUCUAUCACAUCGGUAUUUGGCGACCGGCACUACUACAGAAGGCGUACUUCGACACCUUUCCGCGGAAGCUACUUCUUUAACGGUCAAGGCCCCUGUUCAAUGCUUACAGCUCUAUGACAGUGUUGUCUGGUGGGUGGGUGAAGGAGUCUACCCAAUUUUCCUGAAGGAUUCUCUGCUAAACACUAAUACGGAGAUUGACAUAUCAGCAUUUCUUCAGUUAGCUUCUUCUAUGGGGUCUCGCGAUAUGUCCCGGAGCUUCAGAAAUACGAGAAGCACGUCGUCCAGCUUGGAAUAUUUCGUAUACACCUUUACUGUUGAAGGAGUCUUCGCUUUUGGGACCAGCGAGGACAGCAGCCCUCAAGCAAUUUUCUCCGUCGUUGGAGAGGGAAUUCAGUGCGCUACUGGAACAAGGUUUCCUGAAACAGCAACCCAUUCGUCUCUCGCGCGUAUUGGAGCGCAACUUCAGCAAGUACUUAAUGUGGAGCCUGACCUGACAAUAUCGCUGUUGACGUUUGCCUGCCUAUUAGUUGUGCUGGUCCUGCUGCUCGUGAGUAUUUCCGCCGCACGCCGAAGCCAGUACAAGAAGCGGCAAGCGCUAGAUCGGAAAGAUAUUAGCGAACGUAAAGACCUUGUCCUCGGCAACAGAAGUGCAGCGCUAACAAUGCGGAGGCGUCUAGAGUCGUUGCUAGCAGACCUGAUCGAGCAGAGACUGUGCAAGCAAGAAAACAACAAAGUGCUUGCUUUGCAGCCUGAACAGCUAGAAAGUAUGCUUGCCGAGAUACCUCGAGGAACACUUCAGCCACAAGCCUUUGAAAAUGCUUUCGGCGUUCUCCACGAACUCUCACUGCAGCUGAAUUCGUUUUCUUCCAUGGCUAGCUACGAAUACCAUGAAACAACAAAAGAUCUAGCAGUUGAAAUCAGCCGGCUUCAAAAAGAAAUUUUAAUAACUCUAGCACCUGUAAAACAGAGACUACAGCAUCGUGAUCGAUUGAGAGGGUUGAUGGCUCCCAUGAUGGAAAAUAUCAAUCGCUUGCUAGGAGAAUUAAGGUCCACCGACCUCUUUAUAAGUGCCGCCGCCUCUGGAAACGAUUUCGAGGAUUCUGAAGAAGGGGAGCAUGCCAUAAUCAUAAGAAAACUAUUGAUUCCUGCAAACAUCGGAGAGUCUACCAUGUUGCAUCUUCGACUGCUACACGCAACAGUCUAUGCUGAACGCUUCAUCACCCAGGCUUCUGACCGAUUUCAAGUAUUCUCUGCCUCUGAGCGGAUGGUCAAAGCAUGUAUAACAACUCUAAAGGCUCAAAAAACGCAAACUGACGGCGCUGCUGACGCUCUCGCACAAGAAAAAUUGCAGUUGCUACAGGGGGCUCACAACUUGCUUGCCGAAGGCUGCAAGCUACUCGCUUCCGGUAGAGACGCCAAAGAAAGCAUGAAGGAGCGAUUUGCAGAGUACAGGAGGAGAGAAGAAGAUAUUCUGAAUUCUUGUCGUAGACAGUAUUCUGCAGCGAUUGAUGCCGAAGUGGCAAUAGCACUUCAAAGCCUUAUUGACAGAGAAGACGUACUUCUACAAGGUCACUUGAGCCGGCUAACUAGUUUAGCUGCCGCAGCUCAGUUGCCUUCAGCAGAGAGUCGAAGCAACAAGCAAAAAGCGGCUAGAGCGCUGCAUUCAUACAGUAAUGAAUGCAGAGCGCACUUCAAACAGGCUCUGAAAAUAACAACAGAAGCUCUGCACAAGCAAUUGACCACGAAUUUGACUAACUUCGCUGUCACCAACCCUUUAAAAAUUUAUUCUUAUUUGAUGCAGCCAAAAUCUCCCGAGAUACGCUAUGCCUAUUCCGUUAUGCAGGCUGCUGUGAACGGCUGGACUGAAGCGCUUCAGUCCGAGAUUCGAACACAGGCUCAAACACUCCGCCGUCAGGCAAAAGCGGGGGAACUGGAAGAGUCCGAGUAUAGGCAGCAAAAAGCAUCACUUGCUUCUUCACUUGACCUUAACAUUCAGCGAAUUACCAGAGAACAGUUCAGCAGCAAGGCUGAACGCAUCGACCAAUUUGAGCGGGAAGCAACGAGUGCCUAUGAAAGCUUAAUGGAAGCAACUCAUAAGCGUCAAAAACUUGAAGAUGACUUGAGAAAGGCACAAGCAGAUGUAUUUGGAAGUUUGGUGCGCCGGAGAAUUAAACAGUUUUGGAGAAGCGCGGAGGAGGAGAGGAAACUUCUGCUAAAUACUAUUAUAGCAUCUUGGUCACGUGCAGCUGCGAACCAGGAAAGGCUUUUUGAUGUUGAACUCAAGAUUCAAGAGGAACUUGCCUCUGCAAAGUUGGAAGAAGGCGAAGCAGGCAAUGGCCCCGCGCAGCUUCAACGUGGUUUAAAGGAAAGAAAACAGGAAACGGAAGCUGCAGUUGAGGCAAUGAUGGACAAGUCUCGUGAGUUUCAGGGGCAGAGUCUCAAGGAAAACUUGGCACGAAUGGAUGAACUAAGACGCGAACAAGAGGCGACAAUGAAAGAAGCAACAAACGAAGCCAAGUGUGCACUGUCGGAGCAACGCGAACUAUGGCUCCGCGCCUUGAAAGGCGAAGCCGACAUAGAUGCCACGACGCGAGGCACGCUGCAAGCCAUUGGAGAGCAACACGCUGUACGUGUGGCUGUGAGCUGCUUAGAGGCAGCAGCCCAGCAGUACUACCAUGAUGCUGCUGCAGAAGAAAAGGAAAGCGCUGAAGUGGAAUCAUUAGCGGUAGUGGAUGAAAAUGAACAGAUGAAGCAGUUCAAGGAAAGCCUUAUGGAGAGGACUGCCCUAUUGAAAUCCUCUUGCGACGAGGAAUUCCAUCGUAGUUCAGAUGCCUUGUGGGCAGCGUUCCAGCAACAUCAAGAAGCUUGCAAGCGGGCUCGAGGGAAUAUAUUAGACGCUCAAGGCCAGUUCCAAGAGAAUCGUAUAGCAGUCGACACAUGGGCUCGUGAAACAGAAGAGAUGCUGUGGCAUGAAGCAACAGCCCCCCACGUAGAUGAAGGAACCCAAGAGAGAAUGUGUUUUGCCUUCUCCCGCUUCCGCAGUGACUGGGAAGAGGAUCUCCUGACGUGGCAAUCUGGUCAGAUAAAUGAGAGAUUUGAAGCCUCUACAAUAGACGAUAACCGACUCAAACAACAAAGGGGCCCAGAUUGGGCAGCUUCAUGUGCUUCGUCCGGUUCGAAAGCUCUAGACAGCCUUCAGGACAACGAUGCUGGCCAUAAUUCAACAGGUGCACAGAUGGCUUUGGAGACCCCGAGAGUAAAGCUAAAUGACGAUUUCUGGGCGAGGGGCAAGAGUCUAUUGGACAGUAUAUCAAAGUCGCAAAGAGAGAUUAGUUUGGCUGAGUCUGAAUGGCUGGGAAGGUGCCGAGCCAUUCAAGGCGGGCGCACGGCUUUGAACGCAAAUGAAGCUAAAAUCAAGAGAGCCCAAACUACUCGCCUGGAGCACAUGAAGGAAGGAUUUCGAAGGUGA